GUGACGCACGUGAUAUUUCAUGGAUAUUUCACGAAGGAUUUGCAAUCUGCUAUCUGUGUAUCUAUUAUAUUAUUAUAAUUAUACGUAAAGCAUAUGCAGCCGACUGAGCUUGCUGACUAUUCAUUCUUUAAUACUGUGCAAUUAAAAAGUCUUCAAAACGAUUAUCAUUGCCCUAAAUGUUUAGACAUUUUACUGCAUUGAAAAGAAGCUGUAGAAUCUUUGUUUAUGAUACUAAACAGAAACACAGCAGUGUAUUGUAUGCAAUGAGUGCCAUGAAACCUGAUGCUAUGGGGAUUCCUUUAACCCAGGUUGUAGAAACAUUACACAAGUUUGCUGAUCCAUCACUUGCAAAUCCCUGGGAUAAUGUAGGGUUACUUAUUGAACCUACAGAAACAAAACUAGUCUCUCACAUUCUUCUAACAAAUGAUUUAACUGAAAGUGUCAUGCAAGAGGCUUUAGAUUUAAAAACAGAUAUGAUUAUUACCUAUCAUCCUUUGAUAUUUGCCCCUAUGAAAUCUGUAACAACCAGAUCAUGGAAGGAGAAAAUUGUUGCCAAAUGUUUGGAAAAUAGAAUAGCUGUGUAUUCGCCGCAUACUAGUUUCGACUCUGUUAAAGGCGGUGUAAAUGAUUGGCUAGCUUCAGCAUUUGAAGAUGUACUUAAGAGCAGUCACCCAAUAGAAGUAAAUGUAAGCAAUCCUGACUAUGGUUGUGGAAGGAUAUGUAUUUUAAAAAGCAAAAUUUCUAUCGAGGAUGCUGUACAACGUGUAAAGGAACAUACAGGCUUGAAAUACGUUAGAUUAGCUCGCGCUUGUCGCACAGAUGGUUUUAUCAACACUAUUGCACUUUGUGCUGGAUCUGGAGCAUCUGUUUUAAAAGGUGUGUCUGCUGAUCUAUAUCUUACUGGAGAGAUGUUGCAUCAUGAUAUUCUUGAUGCUACACACAAUGGAAUCAGUGUGAUAUUAACAAAUCAUUCCGAUUCAGAACGUGGUUUUCUUACAAAAUUUGCAUUUACUUUAAGCGAUGUGUUGGACAAAUCUGUGAAUGUGAGUGUAUCUAAAAAUGAUGCGGAUCCCUUGAAAACGGUUUAAUUUAAUUGGAAAAAUAAAAAGGGCAGUCACAUCAACGUGAAAUUGGGGAUAAAAUUAUCUUUCGUUUUAAGGAUAGACAAUUUUUAUUUCAACCCGAUGAAGUUUUUAAUCGGAGAGAUAUCAGGGAAGUAAUCGUUACAUAAAAGAAUCAUAUUAUAUUGUAAUAUAACACAAAUAAUUUACAGCUACAACAGAAACUGUAUUUCAGUUUGUGUAUAACGCGCUUAAACUACUUUGCAAUUAAUCUUUAAACAUAUGUAACCAUUAUAGAAUCAAUUUCCCUUAAUUCGAUUAUUGAAAUAUUUUUCAUUUGCUUUACCAUUCGUCCGUUUUAUUUUUCUUUUUUUCUUAUAUGCUCACAUUCACACGAAAAAUCACGCAUGACGAUUACGAAGAGAAACUUGAUCUUUUUGUUAACAACGUGUACGUAAUAGACGCUUAUCGUUUGAAAACUUAUCUAAAUAAAAUACAACAGUCGUUAA